CCUUUGUGAUGAAAAAACACUUAAAUACUCACUUACUGGGCAAGCAUGGAGUCGGUACACCAAAAGAAAGGAAAUUUACAUGUCACUUGUGUGACAGAAGUUUCACAGAGAAGUGGGCACUGAACAACCAUAUGAAACUGCACACAGGAGAAAAGCCAUUUAAGUGUACCUGGCCUACAUGCCAUUAUUCUUUCCUCACAGCUUCUGCAAUGAAAGACCACUAUAGGACUCAUACAGGCGAGAAGUCGUUCCUGUGUGACCUUUGUGGCUUUGCCGGCGGGACACGUCAUGCCCUCACUAAGCAUCGGAGGCAGCACACAGGAGAGAAACCAUUCAGAUGUGAUGAGUGUAAUUUCGCUUCCACAACACAGUCACAUCUGACACGACAUAAGCGUGUCCAUACUGGUGAAAAACCCUACAGAUGUCCUUGGUGUGACUACAGAUCUAACUGCGCUGAAAAUAUCCGUAAGCAUAUCUUACACACAGGAAAGCAUGAAGGAGUAAAAAUGUAUAACUGCCCCAAAUGUGACUAUGGAACCAAUGUCCCAGUGGAAUUUCGCAACCACCUGAAGGAGCUGCAUCCUGACAUUGAAAACCCUGAUUUAGCUUACUUGCAUGCUGGUUGCCAUGCUGUCCUUCUGGAAAGUGCCAGUUUCAUGAGAGCUUACAGGUGCCACCAAACCUUCAGGUUAGAUGCUGAAUCAAGCUUUUUUGACCCAUUUCUGAUGGCUGUCCAUUUGAGAGUUAAAGAUUUCACAAGACUUGGUCAAAAGAGUAGGGGGGAUAACUUUGGUAUCCUGGCUAAUAAUCCUUACCAAAAUAACGCUUGUGUCAGUGUCCAGUUCAUGUUAUUGAUCACUUUCUGGUUGUUGUAUUUGCCUACAGAGAAAUCACAAUAGCAAUAUUUCAUUACUUUAUAAAGCCCUUUAGGAUCAUUUGAAUAUACGUGCCUCAUAAACCAAUUUUUUUCUC